AUGACAAAUAUCGAUAUUAGUAUAGAAUUUGUUGAUAAUAUAAAGAAUAAUGAAAAUAUUAAUAAUGAAGAUGAUGAAGAAUAUGAUAUUGGUGUAAAGUUAUUUAAAACAUCAAAUAAACCUAUAAAGUGCACAAAAUUUUUACACGAUAUAAAGAAUGAAGAAAUAAUAAAAUCAGCAACAAAUAAUAGAUGUAAAUACUUGAAUAAUGAAUUAACCUAUACAGAUAAAAAAAGAAAAAGAUCAAAUUUUAUAACAAUACAAAUGGAGAAUGAAACUAGCAUUAACAAUUCAAUAAAACAAAUACUUGAAAAUGAAAAAAAAGAAACAUUAGAACAAUUAAAACAGUCAGUAGUAUCCUAUAAUGAUAUAAUUUCCACACAGUGGAAAUAUAGUGAUAAAAAAGGUCAAAUCAUUUAUCAAACACCAAAUACAGAAUUCAUUGACAAACCAUGUUCAACCAUUUCAACUGCUCAAUAUGAAUAUAUAGAUAUUCAUUUAUCAAAACCAUUAUUUGAUCAAAUUUAUCAGGUUGAAAAAGGUUUAUAUAUAAAAGAUGAAAAUGAAGACAAUGAUCAAGAUGAUCAAGAUAAUAAUAAUAAUAAUAAUAAUAAUAAUAAUAAUAAUAAUAAUAAUAAUAAUAAUAAUAAUAAUAAUAAUAAUAAUAAUAAUAAUAAUAAUAAUAAUAAUAAUAAUAAUAAUAAUAAUAAUAAUAAUAAAAAAGAGAAUGAAGAGAAUGAAGAAUCUGUGAUAAAUAAAAAAGAGAAUGAUAAAAAUGAAAAUGUAAAUAAUGAAAUUGAGAUUCAAAUUGAAAAAGAAGAAGAAAAAGAAAAAGAAGAAGAUAAUAGUGAAAAAGUUUAUUUAUUUCCUUAUUAUCCAAGUGGAAAAGUGUAUAAUAUAGUUGAUGAUAGUGAAGGUGAUUUUAAACCUUUUUCAAAAUUUAAUCACAAAUAUAAAUAUCAUAACACAAAUGUUACGCUUUAUAAUAUAUUUAAAGAAUCUCAUGAACCUGGUACAAAUAAUACAAUCAAAGAUAAAAACGCCAACAUUGAAACACUACCUCAAGAAAAUAAAGAAAUGUCAAAUAAAAAGAAAAAGAGGAAGAGAUUCUUUAAAAGAGGUUAA